AUGAACAAGAAAACUGACUUCCGCUCUAUUGAGAAUAUUAGUGCUAAUGUUGAAACACACGGGGAACCUUUUCUAAAACCUCAUUUUGAACCUAAUGUUAAAGCAUCUGCUCCAACAUUUGAUAAAACUCAGAGUGAGACCACUGAGAUGCAGUGGACAUUCAUAAAGGAACAUGAGGUACAAGACAAAAGCAAUGGUGAAGCUGAGGAAGAUGAUGACCAACCGUUUUACUGGAGAAAUUUCCCCAGGACAUUACCAAAGGAACUUAAGAUACAACUAAAGAUAUCUUUACGCGAUGAAGACAAAGGAAAACAUAAAGAUGUUAUUUCAAACUUUACUUUGAGAGAUGCUGAUAAAGAGAGAAAAGUAACUUCUACUAAAAGUCCACUGAAGAAGGAAAAUAAAUCUCUCAGACAGAAGACUGUGAGCAAAAAAAGAAAGGUUGAAAGCACUUCUAUUGAGAAGAAGCCUAUCAAAAGACAACUGUUACAAAUAAGUGAAUCAGAGACAAAUGAUGAGGAUGAUGUCCUGGACAUCGUGACCACUUCAAGAAGAAAUAUUGGCGAAAAGAAAAUUCCUAUAAAUAUAUCAUUCCAUUAUGUAGCAAAUAUUCAGAAGUAG